UUCACAUCGCCAAUCAACCUUGCUAUGCAAAACAGCUAAGGUUUCCGAGCAGCGGAUUGGCCGCGAAAUCUUGAAAGGCGACUCCGAUUGGUUCAGGUUCUUGUGAAGGGCGAGGCGCGCGCGCCGCGCUAUCAGCAUUCCUCGCGCGCAGCGGUCUGUCGUUUCGAGAUGCCGAACGGAGCGCAGGGCGCCAUAGAGAGCGGCUUCGCUUGCCUGAUCUCUCCGAUCAGCAGAGAACGUCAGACAUGAUGUGGCCAGUGCAGCUUGUGUACAAGUCAAACACCAGCAUGACGUAGCAGAUCCUCAUAAAGGAAUAUACGGUUCCUGUCAUGCUAAACCCUCAAUGUGCCGAGUAGUCACAGGUUUAAAGGUGGCGAAUAUUUACCAUCUGAGAGACUAAUACAUGUUUUCCGAUGGAACAUUCUUCAUUGGACGAUUCUUGGAAGGAAAAUUCCGAGCCCUACGCCAACAUUUCUGCAUGAAAAGACAGAAGCUCCAUUUUUCUCUAAACCCAUUAGUAACUGACAAUUAAUAUCAAGCAGCCCACAGAUGCAGCCUUGUGCUGCUUUGCCUGAAGCACCUUUACUAAUGGCUAGGAAGCAACUUGAUGAUAUUCAGCAACCCAAACACACAUGAAACCCUCCAUAAUGCCUUCAAAAGUGUCAUGUCUCUAUGUGUUGACGGUUGUUUGCUGGGCGAGCGCCCUUUGGUAUCUCAGCAUAUCCAGACCCACCGUGUCGUUAGUUGGGCAGCUUGCUGCGCCUGCACGCAAACCCGUUAAACCUCAAAGAACCACCAACACCACUUUUAACAACAUCCGGACCCGCCCCUUAAACCCCCACGCCUUUGAGUUCAUCAUUAACGAGCCGAAGAAAUGCGAGACCAACGUGCCAUUCCUGGUGAUCCUCAUAAGCACGACGCACAAGGAGUUUGAUGCUCGGCAGGCGAUCCGGGAAACAUGGGGCGACGAGAGCACGUUCAGCGACCUUCGUAUCAUAACUCUGUUUCUCCUCGGCAGUAGCACAGACAGCAUGCUCAAUCAGAUGGUGGAGCAGGAGAGUCAGAUCUUCCAUGACAUUGUAGUGGAGGACUUUGUGGAUUCCUACCAUAACCUGACUCUGAAGACGCUGAUGGGAAUGCGUUGGGUGGCCACCUUUUGCAACCAGGCCAAGUAUGUGAUGAAGACCGACAGUGACAUUUUUGUCAACAUGGACAACCUGGUGUACAAGUUGCUGAAACCAGACACCAAGCCCAGACGGAGGUACUUCACGGGCUACGUCAUAAACGGCUCACCUAUCCGGGAUAUGCGCAGUAAGUGGUACAUGCCCAGAGACCUGUACCCAGAAAGUAAAUACCCACCGUUCUGCUCCGGCACAGGUUACGUCUUCUCAGCAGAUGUAGCUGAGCUGAUCUAUAAGACCUCCCUGCACACCCGUCUGCUGCAUUUGGAGGACGUUUACGUAGGCGUCUGCUUGCGCAAGCUCGGCAUUCACCCCUAUCAGAACAGUGGCUUCAAUCAUUGGAAAAUGGCUUACAGCCUCUGUAGGUAUCGUCGAGUCAUCACUGUGCACCAGAUCUCCCCUGAAGAGAUACACCGGAUCUGGAAUGACAUGUCCAGCAAGAAACACCUCAAAUGUUAGUGCAGCCUGAGGAAUACUGUCUACGUGCAUCAUCUGUUUUUUUAUAUAUACAGACCUUAAAAAGACACAAUGUUCAUCAGCGAAGCGUGGUCUCCUUACAAAAACCUCAAGAACAACCUGUGACACUUUGAGCCAAUCGUAAGGAGGCGAAGAUCAAAUCAAGAUCCUCGAACAGCGAAGGAUGAUGCGCAUUUGUAAAGUACAUUGAUGAAUAGACUGAGUGUUAUUGCCGUGCCAGUCUAGCUGCAUCGAGAAAGGGUGUGCUGUGCUGUGCUUUACUCGAGCACCUUAAAUGCUAAAUCGUGCAUAAACGGUAUUCUACACUGUAGUAAUGCAGCUCAUCAGCUCAACAAUGGUGCGCUCCGAGUUCAAACAAACCAAACAUGAAUGUCCGUGAUGUUAUUUCUUUUCACUGCACAGUUUUGUUGUAAUUAAUAGUGGUAAUUUAAUCAGAGCACUAACGACGAGUGUUAAAGCUAAAAAUAUUUCAUAUAUAUAUAUAUAUAUAUAUAUAUAUAUAUAUAUAUAUAUAUAUAUAUAUAUAUAUAUAUAUAUAUAUAUAUAUAUAUAUAAUUAUGAUUUAUUUUAUUUUUUCCCCCCCAGCAGAUGCUUUUGUUCUACGUGGAAACUCGAGUUCUUUUUGGUUACAUGUUGGUGUGCUUAAAUAAUAAUGAUCCUUUUUAUAGGGGCAAAAAAAAUAAAUAAAUGUAAAGAUGUACAAGUCA